GCUGUUUACCAGCUAGACGCAGCCGGGUCCAGGCACAGGCGGCGGAUGGAGCUGCGCUGCGAGGGGUCCUGAAAAGCAAUGGCCACAGAAGCUCCUGUGAACCCAACACCACCUGAACACAGCACUGUCAUAGGCACAGAGGCCAACGGCCUCCUCUGGGAGCCAAGUUCACUCAAAAUGCAUGUCAUCAGGCCCAAGUCUGCCAAGGGCCGGAAGCGGCCAAGUCUACACAGAUCCCAGGGCAUGAAAGAGGGCUCUCUGGAUGUCCCUUCCUCUCCACCUCCACCUUGUUCCUCUGUGUCGCCAAGAAGCCAGAAACCAAGAGCCUGUGCGCCCAUACCUCCAAGUCAGGGAGCCCCUGAUGAUAUCUCCCCUGAGCUGUUGCAGCAAGUGCCCAUCAGGACCUCUUCGUCUCUCAAUAAGUACCCGGUCCUCCCUUCCAUCAACAGUAGGAACCUGGAAGAGGGGCCGGUGGAUGCCAUGACCAGAACAUUACAAAUGAGCAGCAUCCGGACCCUUUGCCAAAAGGAUCCCUGCACCAAUGUGACCAACCAGGAAGACCCCCAAGCGCCAGCUGGUGCCCCGAGGAGGAAGUUCAACAUGAGAAGCCAGAGGCAGAGCUCCUCCAGGGCUGCAAACCAGGAGGAACAGCCUGCAGCCCAGGAGGCGAGGCUACUGCUGGCUAUCAGAUCACCUUCAGGUCAAAGGUUAGUGCACUACUUCCGGCCCACGGACAACCUGCAAACAGUCAUUGCGGUGGCUGAGGAGAAGAACAAAGCCACCUACCACCGCUGCAGUGUGGAAACGAUGGAGGUGCCCAGGAGACGCUUUUCUGACCUCACCAAGUCCCUGCAGGAGUGUGGCAUCUUGCACAAGUCGGUGCUGAUCAUCUCUCAGGAGGAGGGCGAGGGGUAGCCCUGAGGCCAGAGGCACCAGGCUGGGAUUCCCAGACGACCCCCAUAUAACCUGGUUCUCAAGUGCCUUGUCUCUGUAGUGUGCCUUUGGAGGCAGGGCCAUAUCUGCACAUGUGCUGAGCACAGUGGGAAGACUCUGGUCUGGCCUUAUCAUUCUCUCCAUCCCUGCAGCCAGAGGCCUAUGCUAAGGCUGCUCGUGAGACAGCUGUGGCCAGAACGUCUUCCUUCCAGGGUAGGCUCCUUCUAAGACCUCGGCUCUGUCUAUAUUUGACCCGGAUUUAACACUUCUCCAAGAGGAGUCUAGUCUGCUAAUAACCAGGGUGUAGGAGGUAUCAAGCUGGCAUUUGUAUUUCUUGCAAGCAUCUUAAGAAACAGGCUGUUGGUCCUGUCUUUAGGAUCAGCCCCUCUGCAGGGUGGGGGAGUGGUGGGCAGAGGUUACUGGGGAUUCCUGUUUGUGAGGCGAUCAAAGAGAAGAACCCAUCUGCUCACAAAAAUCCUCCGCAUAUGAACAUUCCUAAUACAGUCCUAGAGCUGGAACACAAGUUGCCUCUACAUCCAUGUAAUAGCCAGUGGCUACCUUUUAAUAGACAAGAAUGUAGCCUAUUGCUAGCUCCUGUAUCUGUGCAGAAUUCUUCCAAAAUGGAAGUGUGAUCUCAAGUCCCUGGCUCUAGCCAGUAAUGGACUCCUUGGUUUUAAAAAUGCACAGACCUACAUGUCUGUACAGGUUUGUACCCAGGCACAGAUAAAUUGUUUUACUGUAUAACACCCACUUCAAACAUGGUAGUUGUUUGGUGCCACAACAGUGCCUCCUGUGGUGCACUAUUAAGUCUUCUGCAGGAGGAGGGUGUCUCACCACUGGGCUGCUUGUGCCUCCCCUGAGAGCACGGCCUGCUUUCCAUGCCUCUGAUGGCACUAGCUUAAGAUGCCUUGAACAUCAUGGAGUCCCGUUUUCCCCACUCUGAAGUGGGGGCAUGGAUAAUUUGCCAAAUUCUCUUGUAUUGCAAGUUCAGCCAGACACCCACAGCUCAUCUGGGUCCCUUUGCGGCCAAAUCCCCAUUUAGAGUAGGGAACACCAAGACCUUCUGGACACCAUGUAUCCCACCCCCACCCCCUCCAGAGCACACCUACCGCAUAACCCUGGGUACCACUAUUCACCCUCACCUCCUCAGUACACAGAGAAUGUAGGGGUCAGGAAUUCUAUGAACAUAAAUGCUGCUACCUCAGCAAUAAGAGCAGCUUGUGCCAGACCAUACCAAUGUUUAGAAAUGCUGUUUCCAGCACAUUGCCCUUGGUAACAGUGAUGAUCGCUGUGAGGAAGGCUUAGCCAAUCCCAGCUAUAUCUCACACUGCUCAGAUCACUCUAGGCUAGGUUAUUCCUGAAUGUUUAUGUGGUUUCUUAAUAACAUCUUGGUGUGGCCACUGGUUUGUUUGACUUGGAGGUCAGCUGGGGUUAGUAACAGCUCAAGCAAGUCCAGGAAGAAGUCCCCCUCUUCCACUCUCCAUGAUAGAAGGGACAGUGACUUGAGCCUAGACUCUCCAGAACCUCCCCUGCCCUCCCCCGCUCCACACAAAACUCUGCCUCUGAACUAGGAGGCUGGGGGAGGCCCUCCCAUAAAAAUCCCACCCACUCUGUGGUAAGAAUAAAAUCCCACCCACGUGCAGCUUGGUAAUUUCUCCAGACAGGAAAGCUUUAGAACACUUCAGUGAAAUGGAACACGUGUGCCAGAGUUAGAAAUUUCUGCACUUUGAGGGGUUUGCUGCCUCUUCUUAGCUUAGAAUUUGGGGGUGAUGGAAAAAAAGGAAAGCAUGAGGCAUAGAAAUAUUUUAAGAUAGGUGAAUAAAACUAGGUUUGAGCCAUCAUAAUAAUCUUUUUUGUUUUGUAUAAAAGAUGAUGAUAUAAACAAUAAAAGGUGAAUUGUGUGAAA